ACUACAAUUUUUGGCGGGGUUUUAUUACAAGACAUUGUGUUAAUAAAUAAAAAAUAUAUAAGGAUAACAAUAACAUGAGUGAACAAAAACGCGGCUUGUUUAUAGUCUUUGAAGGCUGUGAUCGCGUGGGCAAAACAACACAAAGCCGACUGCUGUGCGAGGGACUACAGCAAAAAGGGGUGGAUGUAAAGCGGAUAAACUUUCCGGAUAGAACAACGUCAAUAGGUCAGGUUAUAAAUUCGUACUUGACCAGCCAGGUAGAACAUUCCCAUCAGGUUAUACAUUUGCUUUUCUCAGCAAAUCGCUGGGAGCGCAUAGAAGACAUCAAGCAGGAAUUGCUAAAUGGCAAGACAUUGAUCUGUGACCGUUAUGCUUACUCCGGUGCAGCGUAUUCAGUGGCCAAGGGACUCGAUUUAAAAUGGUGCUGUGCACCCGAUCUAGGGCUGCUCCAACCCGAUGCAGUCAUAUAUAUGAAGGCAAAGCCGGAAGCUCUGACAGCGCGUGGAAACUAUGGCGAUGAACGCUUUGAUAAUGUGGAGUUCCAACGCAAAGUGAGCGACGUAUUUGACGGCUUCAUGGCUGAGCAACGUGACAAGGACAGCUGCUAUUGGCAUGAAAUCGAUGCAAGUCAGUCCAAGGAGGCGCUGCAACAACAAAUUGCUAAAAUUGUUGAAAGUUUGCAAUUGAAAAUAUCUACAAAGCCGUUGGUUGAACUCUGCUGAGCCAACGAUUUAUUAACAGUUAAGCCAAUAGAUUACGCUAUAUAUAAUUGUAAUAAAAUGUAUACACACAAAAACA